UCCAAGUGCCACCAAAGGGCCGGGGAGGCGCUAUUCCCCGCCUGCCAUUGCGCGUGCGCAGGUUAGCCGUGGUGUCUGGAGGUAAUGGCGGCCUUGGAGAGAAGUACCAGGGAUAAGCUGCUAGGAGUGUUGGAUGAUGUGGAAGUCUUGUGUAGGGAAUUAAUAGAAAUUCUUGCAUUAUCAAGAAACCAGAAAAUUGCACAGCCAGGAGAAGAAAACCACAUCUUGAAUUUACUGAUUCAGAAGGAUGGAGAAUUCCAAGAAAUAGUAAAAGUUGCAUUAGAGCAAGGUAAAACCCAGGAGGAAAUGCACAUUCUCGAGAAAGAGAUGGAGAAACGAGAUGGUGACAUCCAGCAGUUACAGAAGCAGCUCAAAGAGGCUGAGCACGUAUUAGCAACUGCUGUGUAUCAAGCCAAAGAGAAGUUAAAAUCUAUAGAGAAAGCAAGAAAAGGUGCAAUCUCAUCUGAAGAACUUAUUAAAUAUGCUCACAGGAUAAGUGCCAGUAAUGCUGUAGCAGCACCAUUAACAUGGGUGCCAGGUGAUCCAAGGAGACCAUAUCCUACUGAUCUGGAAAUGAGGAGUGGAAUUCUGGGUCAGCAAAGUAACCUUUCAACCAAUGGAGUAAAUGGGCAUUUACCUGGCGAUGCAUUGGCCGCAGGCAGAUUACCAGAUGUACUUGCUCCUCAAUACCCAUGGCAAUCAAAUGACAUGCCCCUCAAUCUAUUGCCUCCAAAUCACAGCAAUGAUUUUAUGCUGGAGCCUCCCGGACAUAACAAAGAAAACGAAGAUGAUGUGGAAGUUAUGUCAACUGAUUCUUCAAGCAGCAGUAGUGACUCUGACUGAAGACUGUUCCUUCUCAUUUGAUAUUGUUGAUGCAGAAUCGAUACAAAUAUAUUUAUAUUUUGAUAACCUUUGUUGUGAGAUAGAUAAAGUUCUGUGCAUGACUGAAAUGAUACUUAAUGUGUUUUCUGCACAGCUUAAUUUUCUAUCCAGUUUAUUUGUAUUGUUGAUGAUGGAAAUAACACUAAAUUAAGAAGUCUUGGAUUAAUUUUAUUCUCUAAGACUUUCAAGUCCUAAAAUAUAGACAAAUUUGUACUUUCACAUUAGUAUAUGAGUUUUUCUAGGGAAAAGGGUGAAAAUAUAUUUUCCCCUGAAAUAGUUCAAAACUCCCAGAAGUUUAUAAUAACAUGUGCAGUAAGGACAACUGCAGAAACUGAUGAUAUAGAAUAUCAUUGCAGUUUUUAGUUGUAUUGCAUACCAGUUAUACGUAUGUUACUGAGAAUGAAAUACAUUUUCGUAACAGGUUAAGCUGUGACAAAAAAAGCCAGGCCUUUUUUUUAAGAUGUUUUUUGAAAUCAGUGUUUUUACAAGGAUGACUUAGCAAUUGUGUUAGAACUCAUUUCCCAAAAUAUGAGAAUUCCAUUCUCCAUCCUCUUCCAAACAUUUAACACCUCUUGUCUGAGUCCUAAAGUACUUUUCUUUUCAUAAGGGCAGUUAGACUGAUUAUUUCACUGUGAUAUAAAAUGUGUAUGCACAAUAUUGUUUGAAAUCUAUAUUUUGUGGUUUAAAAAUGUUUUCUAUGUUGUAAAUAAAUACUGUCCUUUACACACAGA